GCCAGAGGCGUUCAAAACACAGCCUGCCUCGGUCCUCCCUGAUUGUCUGCUUCCUGCCUCUUUUGCGCUUCUUUUUUUUUUCUGUUUGUUUACCCCAGAUUUCUUGAGGAGCCCGACGCCUACUUUAUUUUAUUUUUUUUUCUGUAAAAAAAAAACUUUUGGUUUUCCUUGCUGUUUUUUAUAUAAUGCGGCUGCUCUCCGUUCAUUCCCCACACAACGCGUUUUGCGCCGUGAUCGGUUUGGCAAACAGCAUCCUCCUGUUUGUUUGUUGCUUUCUUUCGGAGGAUGUGGACUCGUUUUAAAACCGUAUAAAUGCACCCGCCGUCCAAGACACGCUCCGCUUUUGAAAUCGAAGAGGUGUGUGUGCCCUGGGUGCGGCCUGGCCUGUGGGGUGGUGGCGAUGAAGAACCCGGGAGCUGCAGAGAGCCGCCGGCUGGUCGGCCUGCUGGAGGCCGCUCUGGUCCGAGAGGCUCGUCUCUGGAAGGUGCCCGUCUUCAAGAACGGAUGCAUCCAGGGCGCUGACAUCUCUUCGUCCCAAUAUCAAGAAAUGAUCCUCUGGCUCGGAGAAAUGAGCCGGCUGUUCCAGUUCUGUCCAGAGACCUUUGCGCUGGGGGUGUGCAUCCUCAACAGACUGCUGUCCACAGUCAAGGCUCAACCAAAAUACCUGAAAUGCAUUUCCUUUACCUCACUGGUCCUGGCUGCCAAAACCAACGAAGAAGAUGAGGUGAUCGGUUCGGUCAGAGACCUGGUUGCGCAGAGCGGAUGCAGCUUUUCGACGGCGGAGAUUCUUCGCAUGGAGAGGAUCAUUCUAGACAAGCUGCACUGGGACCUGUACACCGCGACACCCGUCGACUUCAUUCACAUAGUAAGUUCAGCAGAAAGACAGGCAAACAGGACUUCUUCUUCUUCUUCUUUCUUUUUUGUUUUUCUAGUUUUUAGCUGGACCUGAACUACUGAAGCAUCUCAGAGCCAGCUGGCGAGACUUUGAAAUGCUCUAAUGAUUUCGGGUCCUGGUCUUGCAUAAAACACAAGCAGUACAUAAGCACAAGUUAAACCAUCAUGCUUGCAACAUGUUUUGCUUUUAAGAUGGUGCUUUACAAACCCUCACGCCUCCCUCUUGGCCCCACUUUAAAGACUUGGUCCUAGUAGCGAUUUGUGCAUUUAUCUUAUCUGAAAUCAGUGUGCCCAUAAUAAUUAUUAAUUAUAAUAUUACAAAGUUACAAAGUUCUGGGUUGCUUCCUUCUUUUUUUAUAACCAUUGCAGCCAAGAGCAGAAAUAAUAUUUGGCUCAGAGGAUAUUGAAGUUCCUAAUAUUUGCUGGUCUCAGCUUCCCAAAUGAAAACACUAAAAGCUUUCUAUAGAUCUAUAUGGCAUCGACAGAACAUAUCUUUGUGUUUAAAAAAAUAAAAGCAUCUUAAGAAGUCAUCCUAGGCAGUAGACUUUGUAACAGCUAUAAUUUCCUCACCCCAAAAACUUUUUUUUUUUUUUUAUCUAAAAGAGGGAAGAGAAUAAAGUCACUGCUUUUAACCUGCAUCAUAAUCUAAACAUGAAGUUCUGACCCAGGGACACAGAUGAUAAAAAAAAAAAAAAACAAACAAAUAAAACAACUGAUAGAGCCUGAUGUGGUUCCUCUUUAACUACGUGUGACUGCGUUUGAAAGCUGCCAGCAAAAAUAACAUGCGUGAUGCAUAUCGGGCCAAGGCACUUCUGAUUAACUCCUAACCUGCAGCCUCACCAUGAAAAUCUAAACCCUGCAGCCACCACUGGGGGACGAGUGUUUCAGUUAUCAAUCCUUCAAAAAAACAAACAAAAUAACAAAAUAAAAUGACAUGUUGUGGAAAGUAGUUUUGUCCGUGUUCAAACUGUGAGACGCCUCCUUGCCUGAAGCGAUAAGUGACUGAAUUGUCAACAAAUACACACAAACACACAACAUCAUUUAGGUCCCUUCAUGCACGUGGGCCCCGGAGCUGUAUUCAUAAUGCUGGUUAAAGAUGGAACUGAUCUGCAGAGACGCCAGGAAAAUAUAAAACGAUCGUAUUGUUAAAAUACGCUUUCACUGAAAGUCAGAGAGCUGGAAUAUUAGAAAAUAUUUUAACA